AAUGCCCGAUGUAUGGUGUCUUUCUCUGACCACACAAAGACUGAUUCAGCCCGGCAGAGCUGCGCGCACGAGGAGGCACACACUGAUGCAAGUUUAAAGGCAGAACAGAACAAACCCAAACCGUCACCAUGAGUAUGAACUACUCCUCUGCGGCGCCCACGCAGAGGUCCACGUCGUUUUUUAUCGAGGACAUUCUACUGCAUAAACCCAAGCCCCUGAGAGAUGUUAUCCCCUCCACGUUCUGCAGCUCCCUGGCCUCCCGGAUGCCUAUCCUGGAGUAUGGAUACCCUCUGAUGCCGACCCCGAUACUGGCCCCGCAUCCGCACCACCCGCUCCACAAGCCGGAACAUCCCCAAUACUUCUUUACACCAGGUGAGCAUGGACGUGGGGGUGGGAGGAAUCUCCCCAAACUAAAUGCAAGUUUGAGUUUAAAUAAGCCAAUCUUUCAGGUCUCGUGAAUGAAUGAAUAAAUGAAUGAAUGAAUGAGGCCCACAAAUUUAACAGAAUGGAAUAAGUUUCUUUGACCGCUUUAAAAAAUGAUGUACACUUCGGUAAAACUGACGUUUAGCCUUCUCAUUUUCUAUCCAGGUUAAUGACCUACAUUUUCUUGUUGCCGUGAAAUUAUAUUAAGAAAUAUAGAACCUCAAUUUUAUAUUAUUUUAUUCUUUUCUUUUUAUUUUAUUCUUUUUAUUUUAUUUAUUUAUUUUUUGUGGACGGGGCUGGCAGCGAACAAAUUCAAACCAUAAAUUCCUGCAGGGUGUUUAUUCUAUGACAGUGAACUCUAAUGGUACUUUUUAAAGUUUUUUUUUUUUAAUUUAUUUAUUUUUUGCUGUGUUUCGAUGAUUGUUAUUUUCUGAUCUUCUGUCUUCUUCAGGCAUGCAGAUGCCGGCCUUAUUCCAGCACCACGCAGAGUUACCAGGAAAGCACUGCAGGCGCAGGAAGGCCCGGACAGUGUUCUCCGACUCACAGCUGUCUGGGCUGGAGAAGAGGUUCGAGAUCCAGCGGUACCUAUCCACACCGGAGAGAGUGGAGCUGGCCACGGCGCUCAGUCUGUCCGAGACUCAGGUAUAUAAAUAAAUAAAUAAAUAAAUGUGUAUAUAUAUAUAUAUAUAUAUAUAUAUAUAUAUAUAUAUAUAUAUAUAUAUAUAUAGAUAGAUAUACACAGACACAGACUCGCACACACAGCAAAGAAAGUAUCUGGGUAUCCAUGGAGCAUUUUCUUUCUUUAUGUCUUUUCACACUUGGCACAUUUUGUCAAUGCUUUUCAAUAAGUCAUAUAAACACUAAACAAAAAUCUGAAAAACAAAGAUCAUAAGACACAUUAAAUUUCAGAUUUAAAUAAAACAUUAAUUCUGACACAGAUUUAUGAAUAAAUAUUUAUCCCAAGUGUGCUCCGUCUGUGGCCUAUCGGCUAGGGAACAGUGUCUUUGGCUGUUAAUGACAUGUUGUUCAAGAUCUCGUUGUAAUUCACACCUUUCCUCCAUUCACCAUCAUGCAGGUAAAAACGUGGUUUCAGAACCGACGGAUGAAGCACAAGAAGCAGCUAAGAAAAGCGCAGGAUGAGCGGAAAACUCCCGGCGGGGAUCUGGACCGAUCGGCGGACAACUCGAGCGAGAGCGAGCUGACCGACAGUAAGAGUGCAGAAGAGCUCACACACGGACUCCAGCCGGACUCCUUCAUUCUGGACGAAAACGACGACGACGUGGACAUCGAGGACGACGUUUGCUCCCCGGAUCACCUGCUAUAGUAGGCUGCAAUGCUGCACCAUCAGCAGCCACUUUCUCCCUGUAAUGGUCUGUAGAAACUUCAGUUCGCUGCCUCCUCUUCGAAUAUCUGUUCUCAUGACGGGCCUUCUUUUUACAACUACCCUGGUUGACCUCUUUUUUAUCAGAAUGUUCCUGUUGUUAUGUCUAACAAUUAUUAUUAUUAUUAUUAUUAUUAUUAUUAUUAUUAUUAUUAUUAUUAUUAUUAUUAUUAUUAUUAUAACGAAGAGUCUUUUAGAGAUGUGCUUACAGAGAAAUCUCUCUCUCUUUUAAUUAUUAUUAAGAUAAUUUUGAAUAACUAUCUAGUGAAACAGACGCACCCCGCUGCCCAACAUAUUUGCACGUUAACGUUACUUUUUAUCGUUUACCGUUUUUUGUUGUUGUUGUUGUUGUUUUUUUGUUUUGUUUUGCUGUUCGUCUACUUUGAUAAUUUUUUGCAGUCGUUGAAUAUUAUGCUGAGCCCCGUUUCAAUCAAAGACACUUUUCUUGGACAGAAUUCUUAAAAUGAUGUGUAAAUAUAGCCCAUGUCAAUGUAAACACUGAAGUAGUCAUCGGCCCCGUGUGUUCUUAUACUUUUUGUAUUUGUUCUUUUAUGUGGUUGCUUGGACUUCUAUACAUUCACCGAACAGACACGAAAAGUCUAGGCUCAGUCAGCUGUCUAUUUUCAUGUUAUCCAGUCCUAACAGUCUCUCUCUUCAUCGUCAUUAGCGCAGUCUGCACAGCGUGGGCAUGUUUGUCAUCUGCCUGCCGAGCUUUGGGAUCUAAACACAAAAAUACAAACAGCAAGAAAGACAAACAGUAGAGAAGAUCCCUGUCUUCUUUAUGAAAUUAAAGCACCUUUAAAGUCCGUUUUGCAGUCAGGUUAAAAAAAAGGACUCAGAGUCCAUUGAAAAACACAGCAGGUUGUGCUGACAGUCGAUAAAACACAGACAGUAAGGGGGAAACUGGGAAUUCUCUUCUGGGGAAGUUCUACUUUCUAGCAUUUGUUAUUGCCGUAUUUAUCAGUUCGGGCUCAUACGGCAAAAAGUCAAAAUGAUUGACGAAUGCACGUGAGCGUACACUCAAUCAUGCCGACUUGAAUUGACAGCGACAUAUUUGAUAGACAUCAAAUAAUUCAUGUAGCCUGCAGCUGACCACCUGCCAUGGGAGCUCUAAAUCAACAGGUUAUUGGAGGAAAUGUUCAGAUCUAUGUGUUCAUGCUUUUUUCUAUUAUGUCUGUGCAGAAUGUGGCUCUGCCAAAUACCUUUUUAAAUAAUCCGCAUCCCAAAAGCUCUUUCAAAUAUAUUUUAUAUAUAUAAAGUUUUUAUUCACAAAAUUUAUCAGACAACUUCGGGGGCAAAUUUCACUGACGACGUCUCAAAACAGACACGAUGUAAAAACUGUCAAAAAGACCUGAAAGGAAAGGCUCUGUAUCUAUGCAGCAUUUGGCCUGACACUGACAGAAUUAGCCCUCUGGUGGGUUUGUCACUCUGUGUAAUCUGGUGAGGAGGACUCUUUCAUGGGAUUUUCAGCACCAGUGAAGUUUUGCCUUUGUUCUAAUAAAUAUUAUGGGUACAACAAAAUCAUCAAA